AUGUCCGAAGACGAGCGCGCCACUCUCGGUAAGCGCGCGCGUGAUGAGGCUUCAGAGUCUGCAUCGCCAGGCCCAGCGCCUCCUGGAGAUGACGAUUCAGACGACGAGAUUGGCCCGAUGCCAGUACCAGCGGCGGAGAACGGGGGUGGGGCACGCAAGAAACGCCGUGCAGUUCUCCCUCACGAGCGUCUGUACCUCGAGCAUCUCCCAGACGCGGACCGAUACUACAAGUCGUUCAUGCACCGCGACACGCUCAACUAUGUGGCGAUGACGAAGACUGGCUAUCUCAUCACGACGUCUAUCGACGGCCACCUCAAGAUCUGGAAGAAGCAGGACAGCGGCAUCGAGUUCGUCAAGCACUUUCGCACGUCGCUCUCGUCCGUUGUCGGACUCGCAGUGUCCGACGAUGGAAAACUGUGCGCAACGAUCAGCGCAAACGGCGAGGGACGUGUGUUCGACGUCGUCAACUUUGACAUGAUCAACAUCCUCAAAUUGGGCUUUACACCCAAGGCUGCGUGCUGGGUGCAUGCUCCUGGGGCGGGGCAGUCGCUCCUCGCUGUGAGCGACGAGAAGAGCUCGGCGAUUAGGAUAUACGAUGGGCGCGGAGACGGAUCCAACCCACUCCAUGUUCUGGAGAAGGUGCACCGCGCACCAGUGCAUCUCAUGGUGUUCUCGUCCAAGUACGACGUCGUCAUCUCAGCGGACGAGGCCGGUUUCGUCGAGUACUGGCAGCCGUCAGAGCCGUGGAGUGUACCCUCCAUCCCUGGGAUGUGGCAGUACAAGAGCGCGACGGACCUGUUCCAGUUCAAGAAGACCCGGACGAUAGCCGCGUCCAUAACACUCUCGCCGGACCAGAGGCACUUUAGUGCCAUUGCCCUCCCAGACCGCAAGGUGCACAUCUUCAACACGCUUACUGGCAAGCUAACGCGGACGUACGACGAGAGCCUCGAGGCAGCAAGCGAAAUGCAGCAGGCUGGCACGGCCGUGUUCAAGCUCGAGGACAUGGACUUUGGGCGGCGACUCGCGAUAGAGCGCGAGCUCGACCGCGAUUUCUCCGGUCCGGGAGGGGCACUCAGGACGGCGAAUGCGGUGUGGGACGAGAGCGGAAAUAUGCUUCUCUACGCUACGCUCCUGGGCAUCAAAGUGGUAAACACGGUCACGAACAAGGUCGUCCGCGUCACUGGCAAGGACGAGAAUCUGCGUUUCCUCAACCUCGCUCUCUUCCAGGGCGCUCCAAGCAAGCAGGUGCAGACGCUAGCCAUGGCCGCGUCAGCCAAUCCGUUGUUGAAGGAGAAGGCGACCCGGGACCCAACCCUCUUCUGCACGGCGCUCAGCAAGUCGCGCUUCUACAUGUUUGGGCGUGGGGAUGUGGAGGAGUCGGCCGACCGCGACGUGUACAACGAGCGCCCGACGGCCGAGGACCACGUCGUCGUUGCUGACAAGCCGGCCAAGGCGGCGGCUCUUCCGACUGCCGCGACAAUCCACACCAACAUGGGCGACAUCCAUUUCAAGCUCUUCCCUCACCUUGCGCCCAAGACGGUCGAGAACUUUAUCACGCACGCCCGGAAUGGGUACUAUAACAAUGUCAUCUUCCACCGCGUCAUCAAGAAGUUUAUGCUCCAGGGCGGAGACCCAUCUGGAACAGGUAUGGGCGGUGAGUCGAUCUGGGGCGGCGAGUUCGAGGACGAGAUCUCGCCACUUGCCAAGCACGACCGCGCGUACACGUUGUCAUCGGCGAACGCUGGCCCAAACACGAAUGGAUCGCAGUUCUUCAUCACCACUGUCGCGACGCCGCACCUGGACGGAAAACAUACUGUCUUUGGUCGCGCAACAGGGGGUCUCGAAGUCGUCCACGCGAUUGAGAACGUUGCUACGGACAAGAAUGAUCGGCCGCUGGAUGAGGUGCGCAUGGUGUCGAUCACGGUGGAAUAG